GGUCAAAUCAUCCCGCGAACUUUUUUUUCUACCUUUCAGGAAAUUCCCAAUCCCUCUCGACAAGACAAUCGCGACGCAACGCAACGCAAAUCCCUAGAUUUCCUCACUUUCUUCUUCACCCUCUUUCACUUCUUUAAUCGUUGCGCAAACCAGUCUUCAAGAUGGCGCCCUCUAACCUCCCCACCUCCAUGCACGCGACGUCCCAGGACAUCGAGAUGCUCCUCGCCGCGCAGUCUCACCUUGGAUCCAAGAACUUGCAGGUUCACAUGGAACCUUACCUCUGGAAGACCCGAGCUGACGGUGUCAAUAUCCUCAACAUCGGCAAGACCUGGGAGAAGAUCGUCCUGGCCGCUCGUAUCAUUGCUGCCGUCGACAACCCCGCCGAUAUCUGUGUCAUCUCUGCCCGUCCCUACGGUCAGCGUGCCGUCCUCAAGUUUGCCGCCCACACUGGUGCCGUUGCCAUCGCCGGUCGAUUCACCCCCGGUUCUUUCACGAACUACAUCACCCGAUCUUUCAAGGAGCCCCGCCUAAUCGUCGUCACUGACCCCCGCACCGACGCCCAGGCUAUCAAAGAGGCUUCCUACGUCAACAUCCCCGUUAUCGCCCUUUGCGACACUGACUCCCCUACCGAGUACGUCGACGUUGCCAUCCCUACUAACAACAAGGGUCGCCACGCCAUUGGUUGCGUCUGGUGGAUGCUUGCCCGUGAGGUCCUCCGCAUCCGUGGCACCAUCGCCAGCCGUGACAUUCCUUGGGAUGUGAUGGUCGAUCUUUACUUCUACCGCGACCCUGAGGCCGAGGCUGAGGAGAAGGUCGAGGAGGAGAAGGUACCUGGCGCCGAGGAGGUCGGCCCUGCUGCCAUCGAGACUGGCACUUUCGCUGCUGCUGGUGCUGACUGGGAAGCCGCCCCUGCUGGCUUCGCCGCUGCCCAGACUGGUGGCUGGGACGGCCAGACCGAUGAGUGGGCGAACGCUACCGGUGCACCUCCUGCCGGUGAAUGGGGCGCUGCCGAUGCUAAGGACAGUACAUGGUAGAAGAAUGGCUCUAGAAACUGGGAUGGCCCUAACGGCCAGGGACUUCUAACUCAAACCCCCGCGAACGAAUUAUAGAUGGUCUUGGUAGCACCAUCACACAUCACCGCGAUACUUGAUUUUCCUUUUGCAACAGACGGAUUGAUAGAAAGGAGUACGGGUAAACUUGACAGCACUAAUGAGGGAAAGAUAUCCGAACUUCGGACUGGUUUUCAUUGAGUCUUCAGUGUUUAGGGUUGGUCCGACUUGAAUUUAUAGGCAGUCGACCAAUUCCUAUCGAAGAUGAUGUGGAAACUAUCCGGGGCGAGGGGGAAUGCCCUGUGCAGUCAAAGGGGUGGACUUAAUCGUUAUCCCGCCCAGUUUCUCCUAGCUUAUUUAGUCUUGGUUGCAGAAGAAUAAAUGAACGAUUCCCAGCA